AACUAAACAUCCGGCUGAGUGUGUCACCCUUUCAAACAAGUCUUUCUCUGGAUGCGCUUCAACCAACCUUCUCGUCAAUUCUACUCAGCAGGGUAAACUUUCCAGACUAUGGCUGAUCACCAGCAAGAACCGCAAGGAGACUGUAAACCUUCAGACGCACCACGCACUAAAAAGCCUGACCAGGCUAUUUAUGUCCCCAAAAGGCAGCAGAAAGAGGGCGAUGGGCAAAUAGGGGACAACCAAGCACCCAAAAACCAACCGAAGAACAAGGCUGUGGACAAGAAGGGCAGACCCAGGCCACGGUACACCGACAAGGCCUGGAAGAACAACAACAAGAACAAGAAAGACAAGGGGGGCGGCAAACCAAAGACAGACGAGUCCUCCGUAAGUGGUGGAGACUCGGCCGCGAGUGUCCAGAAUGGAGACUGUAACGACUGCGAGAAAGAACAGGUGAACGUGGAAAAAGACGGGGCUGAAGUACAACAACAACAACAACAGCAGCAGACGACAGAGGAACAGAGCAACUCAGAAGUAGCUACUAGUGAGGUGUCCGUAGGUGCUGGGGACAGGUUGACGACCUCUGACCCCAAGGCCUCCGGAGAGGAGGAGAAGGAGGAGGAGGACGAGGAGGAGCAGGAGAGCUGGGACACUCUGUUCGAUGAUGAAGGGGAAUGUCUGGAUCCCCAUUUAGUAGGAGAGCUUGCUGAUAAGUUAGGACGUAAGAAAGAGUCCAUUCAAGAGGCGCGAUUCAACUACUACGAGUGGACACCAGAGAGUGAAGAGAUUGAGCUCAGGGAGGACGAGCUGUCUCACAUCGUAGAGAUCUACGACUUCCCGACCGACUUCAAAACCGAGGAUCUGAUCCUGGCAUUCCACUCCUUCCAACAGAAGGGCUUUGACAUCCAGUGGGUGGACGACACACAUGCACUGGGCCUCUUCUCCAGUCCUAUAGCAGCGCGGGAUGCCCUUACGACACGGAACCCUCUGCUGAAGGUCAGGCCCCUCUCCAAAGCCUCGGCGGCCACCAAAGCCAAAGCCCGCAGCUGCUCAGACUACCUCCUCCCGGCUAAGGAGCGCCCGGCGACAAGCGCGGCCUUGGCGCGGCGGCUGGUGAUCGGAGCGCUGGGCGUGCGAAGCCCCCAGAGCCGAGAGGAUCGCGAGGCCGAGAAAAAGAAGCUGAAGGACGCUAAAGAUCAAAAGCGUCUUGCCGCACAGCAGAGGGAGGACGCCUGGGAAGGGAAGUGAGCUGACGAGCUAACGACGUGGCAGGACGUGACGUGGUCCGAGUGCCCGUUCCUCGGCCAUGUACCCUUCCUCAGUCAGAAGCCCCACAGAAAAAAAAAAGCCCAGGGAAACCACAGACACACACACACACACACACACAUCCCAGUCCCCAAGCCGUGCCAGGCUCUACCAAGCCAGAGAGCUUGUGAGAAUGUCACAGGCUUACACCCCCACCCCCCUCCCCUCCCCUCCCCUCCCCUCCCUCCAUCUCUCCACGAACCAAAGGGAUGUGAUGCCACCUGCUCCCAUGACAUAAGACAUGCUUUCUGAACUAGUGGUCCAGUUGUGUUUUCACAGGGUAUCCCCCCUCCCCUUUGCAUAUUGUGUUUGUUUUAAAUGACUGUUUCUAAAUUCUAACUUUGCUCGGCUUCCGGAGUCAGGGAUUAAAGUCGAGAUGGCUGAGGAUGCUUUUGUAGAGAUGGAGGAAAUGUUUCUUAGAAAUGUUUUUUUUUUUUUGUGGUAAUAUCCUGUAACCUCUAAUUCACAUUGGCAGUGUAUUCAUAGUGUUAAUCUGCUGUGUGGCACUAAUGCUGCCUGGUCAGAAGUUUUUUUCUUCUUUCUUUUCUUUUUAGUCUUUGAAUGCAUAAAUGUAACAUUUGUCAUGUUGACAAGGGCUACAAUUCAGGUUCUUCAUUUGGGCGGUUUUGCCCAUCACGAAUGUCUGUGAGUAACUAAUAUUUUUAGUGACAUUUUGUCAGAAGUAAAUAUCUGUUGCCUCGACAUCCUUGAUUGUGUUACAUGUAGCCAAAUAUGUAUGAGUAUAAUUAAUCCAUUCUUUUUUUAUUAUUUUUUAUCUGAAAAUCAUGCGAGUUGUCAACUGUCCAGCUCAGCAUUAGUACCAAACAGCAGACAUGAAAUAAUACGGUGGAACUGGUGGGGGGAGAUGAACAGGAAUCAAAAGUACUGUAAGAACCAGGGGCAGCUACAACUCUAUUUUUUUUUUUUUUUUUUUUGGUAGUACCUCUAAUUUGUAUAAUUUUAAUUAUUUAACUGCUGUUGUAGGAUGUAUGCUUGUUUUUAUGACUUUCCCCUUUGCCUUUUUUUUUUACAGGAACCAAAAAUAUGGUUAAAUUACACACCAAAAAUACUCAUUCAUUUUUAAAAUUCUAACAGCAAUUUUUUGUGCUUGCCUAAAAUCAACUGAAUAAAAUAUGAACCAAAAAA